CCACAGGAGGCGAGAAGUCAGUCCGGCUCUCAGAGCUCACAGGCUAUGCUCCGCCCUCAAUUGCUGCACAGGCUCCUGCGAAGACCAGCAGCUUGGAGGAUGCUCCUCCCUUCUUCCCUCCGGCUCUCCUAGAACGCUGGUUCCCCAGGAAGGGGAGGAGUUCUUCCUGGCGCGGAGGCCACCGUCGCCACGGCAACGCCGCUUUACUGGGCCCAACGGAUUAGGCGGCCUGGGGCUGCAGGCGGCCGCGUGGCCUCGGGGUCAGCGCCAGCAGCAUGGACAGCCUGUACGUGGAGGAGGUGGCCGCCUCCCUGGUCAGGGAGUUUCUUAGCAGAAAGGGUUUGAAGAAGACAUCUGUGACCAUGGACCAGGAGCGCCCCCGCUGUGAGCUCAGCAUCAACAGCAGAAAUGAUCUCCGCAAAGUUCUUCAUCUGGAGUUUCUCUACAGGGAGAACAAGGCAAAGGAAAAGCCUCUAAAAACAAACCUUGAGCUCAUAACCAGAUACUUUCUGCACCAUUCUGGGAACACAGACAACUUAAGUCAAGAAGCCCCGAUCCCUGGACUCCCAGUUGCAAAGAAAAAUAAUAAACUGCCGUCAAGAUGUUCAGAGACCACACUGGUGAAUAUAUAUGAUCUUUCAGAUGAAGACACAGGAAGACGAAUAUCAUGGUCAGAAGCCGGCAAAGCCAGGCAUGACAAUCUUGAUGGGGAUAUGCUCGGUAAUUUCAUGUCAUCCAAAAAAAGCCCACAGAAAAGUAAGCCUGCGCACAUGGUCCUGGGUGACAGCCUCCCUGUGGUUCCUGCGUGGGAGAAGGUGGAGCAUCUUCAUUCAUCAGAGCCUUGCACAGAUGUGAAGAGGCCAGUGGAGAGGACCAGGCCAAAGUCUGGCCUGAUUUUCCGAGGCAUGAUGGCCGGGCCCGUCGCCAGCUCCCCGCAGGACUCUUUCCGCAGACGCUCUCUGAGACAGUCCUCAGCCUUGAGCAGGAAGCUCCAGGCCCCCGAGGAGAGCCAGCAGUCAUCCGAGCCUCUUGUCCACACCCCAGCCUGUCCGGGUCCACAGGAGGUCCCUGCUUCCCUCAGUGACUCUGUCUCCAGGAGCCCUCUGGGCCAGCUGAAUGAAUUGCCUAGGGAGAAGCCAAAUGCCACUUCCUGCAGCCAAGGGCUGUCCCGCAGGGACAGGCCCAGACUAAGAAGUGUUUCAGAGGACAGCCCGCUGGGGUACAGCCACACAGAAGCCAGCACAGCACCUUUGAAGCUGUCCUUGCCUGGUGGGAAUCCCAGGGUGACCCAAGAGCAGCUGGACAAAGCCUUCAAGCGGCAGGACAGCCAGCCCCCAUCUCUCAGGGAAAAUCAGUUCGUGUCUGAAAAGGCCAGUGAUGAACCAGAUGCCCUGUUGCUAGAGGAUGUUGAGGAUGAACUGAUAAAGGAAGAUGUUGUCCUGUCUCCACCUCCAUCGAUGCUCAAGCUGCAAACUGUGUCAAAGCCAAUGGACCUCUCCUUGGCGAAGGAGCUGAAGACCCUUCUGUUCGGCUCUACCUUUUGCUGCUUCAGUGAAGAAUGGAAACUUCAGAACUUUUCCUUCAAUGACUCCGCCUCGUUAAAAUAUGGCAUUGUGCAGAAUAAGGGUGGUCCCUGUGGGGUUCUGGCGGCUGUUCAAGGCUGUGUACUGCAGAAACUCCUGUUUGAAGGAGAUAGCAAAACCAACUCUAAUCUCAGGCUGCAGCCCUCAGACUCCCAGAGGACCCACUGCCUUGCCCUGGCCCUGGCAGACAUCUUGUGGCGAGCUGGAGGCAGAAAGCAAGCCGUGGUUGCUCUGGCUUCAGGAACACCACACUUCAGUCCAACAGGGAAAUACAAAGCAGAUGGAGUCUUAGAAACACUCUCCCUGUAUAGUUUGACCUGCUCUGAGGACCUGGUGACUUUUCUCCAGCAGAGCAUUCAUCAGUUCGAAGUGGGACCCUAUGGUUGCAUCCUGCUCACCUUGUCUGCCAUCCUGUCCAGAUCCCUGGAGCUUGUCCGCCAGGACUUCGAUGUCCCAACCAGCCAUCUGAUUGGAGCUCACGGAUACUGCACACAGGAACUUGUCAAUCUUCUCCUGACCGGGAGAGCUGUGUCCAAUGUUUUCAAUGAUAUAGUGGAGCUGGACUCAGGCGAUGGGAACAUCACGCUCCUCCGAGGCAUCGAGGCACGCAGCGACAUCGGUUUCUUAUCGCUCUUUGAACACUACAAUGUGUGCCAGGUUGGCUGCUUCCUGAAGACUCCGAGGUUCCCCAUCUGGGUGGUCUGCAGCGAGAGCCACUUCAGCAUCCUCUUCAGCCUCCAACCAGAGCUCCUGUCCAACUGGAAGACGGAGCGGCUCUUUGACCUCUAUUACUACGACGGCUUGGCCAACCAGCAGGAGGAGAUUCGGCUGACUGUUGACACCACCAAGACCAGCCCAGAGGACAGCUGCAGCGACCUUGUCCCUCCCCUUGAGCUCUGUAUCAGAACCAAAUUCUCAAAAGCUCAAAGGAGGAACUUGGGAAAGUGGCCCCUGAGGUCACUCUGAGGACCUGCUGGAAUGGUCUUGGCUAUGGGGUUGAGAUGGAAGGGGGCAUCCGUGAACUGGAAUGGCUCAGACCCCAUCCUGUGACCCCUGGAUGCAUCAAGCUCUGGCUUCAGCACUCAUCACUGGGAUGACCCUUGGACCCCAGGUCUUAGGGUCAAGUCUCUCAGAGGAACCCUCCUGCCUGAGUUUGCAUGGCCACAGAGGCAUACUGAGCCUUCCAGUUUCUUCCAUGAAGGGCCGUGGUAGGGCCCGGUGCACCGCUGAGGUUCCCUCCUGAUGCAGCUGUGACUACCAAAGACAAGAAGGCCAUCAAAGAUCCUGUCUUCCAUCUGCAUCCCUCCUGGACAGCCCCUCUCUCCAAGGCCUCUGGUGUAGCUGGCCUUGGGGACUCUGGACACUUGUUACUACAGUUUCUAUAAAGCAGAAGUCAAGUCUA